AUGGCUUCCCUUCGGCUAACGACAGCCGUCCAGCUGCUGCUACUGGUCGCCAUUUUCGCCUCGUUACCCGCGGAGCCCCGUGCCGAGACUCCCCGCCGCGAACUUAAAAUUCUGCAAGACCUCGUCGGUCGGUACGCGCUCACUACAACGGGCACCAACGUCACCAGUCUUGUUCUGACGUUGAACAUCUCAAAUCCUCUGCGCUCCAAGAAACCUACGGAUUACGUAAUCAGCUUCGCGGCGACCCUCGAGAUGGCCGAUAACGCGCUAACAGUCACGGAUCCGCCGACCUUCUUCAUGGUCUUUUCCAACGGUCACCUCUACUACCUCAACAGCGGAACCAACUGGACUCUCAACCAGGAAUUUGUCCAAAAAUGCACUCCUAACCCUGACUACAUUGCACCGCCUUCGUCCGCAGCUCCCGAAGCUACCGAUGGUAGUAGUACCGAUGGAUCUGGUGAUACUGGGACCGAAGGGACAACCGAUGUUCCAGCUGAGAUUUGCGUCGACGUCCUUGUGAAAACCACGCACAUUCUUGAGCCGUCGGUUUUCACGGGCCGCCGGAGCUACUUCAGCAAGAAAGACUACAUGUGGACUGAUUGGAACAUGCUGGGCUGCCCGGAUAUGUAUUUCCGGUUUGGGAUUCCAGUGCGGGGGCGGGUCUCGGGGCUGCUUGGGAAGAUCGCCUAG